GGGACGCAGGGUACGUCGCAGCCCGUCGCCGGCGCGGCCGCCCGGGUGCGUCGGCGCGCCCGGAAGCGCUCGGGCGGCGAACAUGGCGGCGUCCGCGGGCGGCCUGGGCGGAGGCGCGGGCCCAGGGCCCGAGGCCGGGGACUUCCUGGCCCGGUACCGCCAGGUGUCGAACAAGCUGAAGAAGCGCUUCCUGCGGAAGCCGAACGUGGCGGAGGCCGGGGAGCAGUUCGCACAGCUGGGCCGCGAGCUGCGCGCCCAGGAGUGCCUGCCGUACGCGGCCUGGUGCCAGCUGGCGGUGGCGCGCUGCCAGCAGGCGCUCUUCCACGGGCCCGGGGAGGCGCUGGCGCUCACCGAGGCCGCCCGCCUCUUCCUGCGGCAGGAGCGCGACGCGCGUCAGCGCCUCGUCUGCCCCGCCGCCUACGGGGAGCCGCUGCAGGCCGCCGCCAGCGCCCUGGGCGCCGCCGUGCGCCUGCACCUCGAGCUGGGCCAGCCGGCCGCCGCCGCCGCCCUCUGCCUCGAGCUGGCCGCCGCCCUGCGCGACCUGGGCCAGCCGGCCGCCGCCGCCGGCCACUUCCAGCGCGCCGCCCAGCUGCAGCUGCCCCAGCUGCCCCUGGCCGCGUUGCAGGCGCUCGGCGACGCCGCCUCCUGCCAGCUGCUGGCGCGCGACUACAGCGGCGCCUUGGCGGUGUUCACGCGCAUGCAGCGCCUGGCGCGGGAGCACGGCAGCCACCCGGUGCAGCCGCCGCCGCCGCCGCCGCCGGGGCCCCAGCCCGGACCCGGCGCGGCCCCCGCCCUGCCGGCCGCGCUGCUGCUCCCGAACGCCGGCUCUGCAGCCGCGCCCGCCGCGCUGGGCGCCUUCUCGGACGUGCUGGUCCGCUGCGAGGUGUCUCGCGUGCUGCUGCUGCUCCUCCUGCAACCCCCGCCCGCCAAGCUCCUCCCGGAGCAUGCCCACACCCUGGAGAAGUACUGCUGGGAGGCUUUCGACAGCCACGGGCAGGAGAGCAGUGGCCAGCUUCCGGAGGAGCUCUUCCUACUGCUCCAGUCCUUGGUCAUGGCCACCCACGAAAAGGACACGGAGGCCGUCAAGUCGCUGCAGGUGGAGAUGUGGCCGCUGUUGAGUGCCGAGCAGAACCACCUCCUGCACCUCGUUCUGCAAGAAACCGUCUCCCCCUCAGGACAGGGGAUCUGACGGAUCACCUUAACCAAGUGACUUUCUGCCUGUUACGAGACCUCACGCCUCCAUCCGCCUUUGCGUUUGGGGGCGAAAUAAAAGACACGGAACCCG